AUGGCAUCAAGUCGUAUCCAACGCUGGGCGCUAACACUAUCGGCGUAUGAAUACACUAUCACCCACAAACCAGGGAAAAAUAUAGUACAUGCUGAUGGGUUGAGUCGCCUUCCUCUCCCUGAAUUCCCCAAGGUGACUCCAGUCCCCGGUGAUGUGGUAUGCGUGUUGGAGAGACUAGACCAGACACCCGUCACGUCGAGAGAGUUAAGGCAAUGGACGGAUAAGGACUCAACACUCUCGAAGGUGCAGUUGCUAGAUGGGAGGACUGUACGACGUCAUCUCGACUAUGUGAGGAGAAGAGUAAGCAUAGAGGGCGAGACGGUUAACGCAGAUGAUGCCAUACCACCUCCCAUGGACCUCACAAAUGGAGCAGGAAUUCAGAAACAUGGUUCGGCACCGGCAGGCAGCGUGUCGCCCCUAAAGGCAGGAGUUUCGAAGCAGUCCGGAGCACACAACAGCAACGCGCCGGAUCAAAUUCAAGAACGAGAGUUAACCUCAAGUCAAGAGUUCGAACCUGGAUUGCCGCCACAACAGCAGCCGUUGGAGAGGGAAACACUGCGCCGUUCUGAGAGACUGCGCCAGAAGCCAGAUCGUUUGCAGAUAGCUUGGAAAUAAAAUGUUAGGUCUCUUGCUUCACUUGUGUUAACUAUUUUAAUUGUUGGAGUUUUGUAUUACUUUUGCUAGUUUUAGUUACUAUGUUUAUUUUGUUUUUUGUCUCGUGUUUGCGGGUUUUAGCGUUUCUUAUAACUUGUAUCGAAUAUUUUUUUUUCUAGUCUUUCUAAUUGAUAAGUUUUAGUAUCUUCUGUAUCUUUUUUAACAUUUUGGUUGUAAACUUGAUUUUAUGGUUUCUAACCUGAGUUUUUUUUUAAAAAAAGGGAGGAGUGUUAUAAUUGUUACUACCAAAGUACUACUUGUCAUUCACUGCUUCAUGUAUUGGUUUAUGUAUUAGUUCAUACUAGUUGAUUUCGGAAGCUUCUCUCUGUAUGGAGCCAGUUCAGCUCCAGCCGGCAAGCGGGUAGCCGCUCCUUAAUACAUUGUUACCCCUGGA